AAACAAUUAGGUUCAUCAGUCCUCACUACAUUCUCUCCUUUCCACUAUUAAUACAAUGGCUCUACAUUUUGCCUCGUUUCAAACCACGAGCUCUCUACCAUUUACAGGGACAACGCCGGUGCCAUUCGAUCAAAGUCUUCAAUUCAUGUACAAUGUGAUUUGAGCCCAGUACCAGGCAAAACCACAACUGAUCGCCGGUCUGCAAAUUAUAUGCCUACCGUUUGGGAUUAUGAUCGCAUUCAAUCAAUAAAAUGUGUUUAUCAGGGAGAGCAAUAUAUGAACCGAUCCAAGGUGCUCAAGCAACAGCUCAACGCACUUUUAGUAGAGAGAAUAAAUGAACCAGUUGCAUUGCUCGAGCUCAUAGACUCCAUACAACGAUUGGGAGUGGGCUAUCACUUCGAGGAGGAGAUCAAAGUGACUCUAGACAACAUUUAUGCUAGUGGAAAUAUCCAGCACUCAUGGAGUGAUGAUCUCUAUAGAGUCUCACUCGCAUUUCGGCUACUCAGACAACAUGGAUAUCAUAUGUCAUCAGAUGUAUUUGGCAGAUUCAAAGAUGAAAAAGGGAAUUUCAAACUAAGUUUGAUUGGAGAUGUGAAGGGAAUGUUGAACUUGUAUGAAGCUGCUCACCUGUGCUUACCUAGAGAAUAUGUAAUGGAUGAAGCUUGGGGUUUCACUAAUAGAAAUCUCAAGAAGGCUUUGAUGGAUCAAAUAGAGCCAAGUCUUGCUCAAAAAAUACAACAUUCCUUAGAGAUUCCCUUGCACUGGAGAACGAUUAGGCAAGAGGCUAAACAUUACAUGGGAGACUAUGCACAAGAGGAUCACAUGGUCCCCAUUUUGCUUGAAUUUGCUACAUUGGACUUCAAUUCAGUACAAUGCAUGCACCAAGAAAAUCUUACAAAUAUGUCAAGGUGGUGGGCAGAUUUGGGGUUAUCAACUAACCUUCCUUUUGCUAGAGACCGGCUUGUUGAAACUUUAUGGUGUACGAUAGGGCUUAUCUUUGAGCCUGAAUUCAGCAUGACUAGGGAGGCCCUCACCAAAAUAAACUGCCUAAUUGCAUCUAUUGAUGACGUUUAUGACAUUUAUGGGUCACAAGAUGAAUUGGAACUCUUCACCACAGCGGUUCAAACGUAUGAAAAUAUUUGUUUCUUCUUUCCUCCUUCAGUAUCCAACUAUCCUGCAGAUGUGCAGAGAUCAAGAAACAAUCCUUCCUUUUUCUUUCAAACUACCCUCUUCCUUAGAAGAGUGGAUGCCAUGGAGAGCCUUCCAGACUAUAUGAAAAUAUGUUAUUUGGCAUUAUACAACACAAUUGAUGAGAUAUCUUACAACAUUAUGAAGGAACAAGGAUUGGAUAUCAAAAACAACCUUAAGAAGAUGUGGGCAGAACUAUGUAAAGCAUUCCUGGUUGAGGCAAAGUGGUUCAAGAUGAGUUAUACACCGACCUUAGAUGAGUACCUGAGUAAUGGAUGGAUAUCAUCAUCGAGGCCACUAAUCUUGGUCCAUGCAUAUUUCCUUGUUGCACAAAAUAUUACAGAAGAGGCAAUAAAUUGCAUAAGCAAUGACCUGAACCUCAUUCGUUGGCCAUCGUUGAUGUUUAGACUUUGCAACGAUGUGGCAACUUCUGCGGAUGAGAUCCAAAGAGGAGAUGCAGCAACAUCUAUUCAAUGCUACAUGCAUGAAACUGGGGCAUCUGAGGAAGUUGCCCAUAGUAAUAUCAAGGAGUUGAUCAGAGAUGUAUGGAAAAAACUCAAUGGAGAGUGUCUUACUCCUUCCCUCUUUCCCAAACCAUAUGUCAAUAUUGUAGUUAACCUUGCACGGGUGGCCUAUUGUUUAUACCGAUGUGGAGAAGGCUAUGGAAAUCCGAACUUUGAUACUAGGGAACAUGUUAAGGAGUUGCUCUUUCAACCAAUGCCAACUACUUAAGGAUCUGUUGCAGUAGUAGUCGUAUAUAUAUAUACUUGGAAACAAAUAGGACCCAUGUUGCAUAGGCUUAGGUAGUUUGUACUUCGAUUUGUACAAAUAGUACUCGACAAUAUCAAAUUUUGUGUGUGUGAGAGAGAGAGGGGGGAUUUACAGAGGUAAAGUGAGAUAAAAGCUGAGAGAGAGAGGAAAUUUACAUGCCAAAUGCAUGUUCAAGAGAAGGAAUCAUUUCUUCAACAUGUCAAAUGCACGUUCAAGAACAUUCUGAAAAGAUGAAAGCCAUAGGUUGAAGAGCUCCUUUGCAUUUUGUGCGGCUAAAAUUCUCCGACCGUAAGCCUUCACAUGAUUCCUCGCAGACCGAAAUAGAGCUAUGACGUUUCGUGUGUUCGCAUAAAGUGUGCAUCAUGCAUGCAGUCCUACAAACGUUGUGUGAUUCAUGGUCUGAUGUGAUGCUUUGUCUAUGAAAGCUUCCCAUAAGAGUGAAGAUAUUGUGAUCUGGGGUGUGUAAUUAGUAGUAAAAAGACAGAGAAGCCAAAAAAAAAAAAGAAAAAACCUCCUAUCUGUGUCAAUUCUUGGAGUCAACAUUAACCAAAA